AUGUCUGCUCAUGACGACGACUCCAUGGUGUCCGGCUCGCCCGCCCUUCUGGACGAGAGCUUUGUAGCUCCGCCUACUUACGCCGCAUUCUCUCCCGUGACCCUAUCUGCCAACACGCCCUCGAGAUCCUCCCGCCGCUCAACUGUACUUGUUCAUCAGAAGAGCCCGCUGUUGCUGGCCACUCCACCCCAGAUCACGCGCGCUCUCGCUUAUAGCCACCCCUUUCUUCUACCGUUUAAUACCUUUGUUGGUCUGUUGACAUGGAGCACCGGCGACCCAUGGCAGAGCUUCCUGUUUGUCUGCAGUUUUUGGUUCCUUGUUCUCUAUGGCGACACCAUUUUGCUGAGGGCCGGCCCUGUCGCAGUCGGCGUCGGUAUCAUCGUUGCCAUGUACGGUCGUCGCUACAGCCCACUUAGCAGCAGCGGCUGGCGUAAACCUGUCAAGCUCGAUAAGAAAAAGAAGUCUACUACGGCACAGUUUUCGAAUACUGAUGCCGCGGCUGGCAGCUCGCAUGCUGCGGUCAAGCCGAGCAAACAAGCGGAUGGCAGCACCAAACACCAAAAGACAUUGGACGAAAUUGUUGAGACUCUGAAAGAGUUAACCGGCCGCUGUAACGCUUUGAUGGAACCGCUGCUUGAAAUGACCGAUUUUCUUAGCACUCAGCGCACCGCCACGAGUGCCACUACCAAGCCUGCCUUGACCGCAAUGUUUAUGCGCCUUCUCAUUGUCACUCCCUUCUGGUUUGCGCUCACAAUGCCGCCUUUGAGAGUUAUUACCGUCCGCCGGGUCGUUCUCAUUGUUGGCACAAUCAUGCUUACCUGGCAUGCUCGUCCAAUGCGCGUCUGCAGGGCUAUCCUCUGGCGAAGUCUAACUGUCCGUCGUUUAGCUGCCGCCGUUACAGGACUUCGCUUCGACACCCCUGUGAAGAAUGCCGCCGCCGCUCAACUGAAAGCUGCUCAAAGUCGCGGUCACCGCCGCAAUGAUAGCUCACGGAGCGCAAAAAGUGCCGGCGUCAAGUUUACUUUUAUCAUUUACGAAAACCAAAGACGUUGGAUUGGUCUGGGAUGGACAAAUAGUCUGUUUGCGUACGAAAGGGCUGCGUGGACCGAUGAGCAUAACAACUCGCUUCCUUCCAAGGACGAAUUUGAGCUGCCACACGCUGAGGACGGAAGCCGUAUGCAGUGGCAAUGGGCUGAAGGUAGUCGAUGGCGCGUGGAUGGUGCUGCAGACGAAAAUGGGGCCGUGGAUUAUGACGGCACCGCCGGCCGCAACGGUUGGAUAUACUACGAUACCAAGUGGAACAAUGGACGCCGAGGAGUUGAUGGCUGGGGCAAGUGGACAAGACGGCGCAAGUGGUACCGAGAUGCCGAGCUUGUCGAAGUCGAAAAACACAAUCGUCGCCAAGCCACUACUAAAGACAGUGCUUCGCUGCACAGCAAAUCAGACUCUGCCUCCUUGGCCAACGUUCCAGUCAUUGUCGAAGAGAAAAGCGCUGAAGAUGCCAAUGCCAAGCUAAUCGACGAUAAUGCAUCCGUAUACUCGACCUCUUCGAAAUCGUCAUUUUGGCCUCCGAUAUUACGGAGGCGCGCCACAGAUCGAACUGCCGCUGACAAGGAAAAGGAAAAGAGGGAAGCGCGCGGCAAGCGUGCGACCGAAAGACAAGACAGCGGGCCGGAUACCAGUGGCUUGGGCAUCGAAGUGGAAAUGGAGCUUCAACGACAAGGCAAAGAUGGAGGCCAAUGGGGUAUUGGUGAUGAUGCCAGGAUGAACCUAGAAUGA